AUGGACGAAUUCUGCGAGAGGGAGAUGGUCGGACCAUUCAAGGGGGUUAGUUCUGCAGUAGAUUCACAGUCUGGAAGUGACAGACUGGAAGACGAAGAAGCCGAACACAGACAAGAAAUAGAGGCAGAGGCGGAACGACAGCGAGUGCUUCUUGCAGAACAGGAAGCCGCUAUCUUAGAAGACCGGAAAAAGAACAAGUCAAAGUACACCCCAAUCCGUAACACUGACAUCCCCUCCAACCCAGUCAUCCUUCCAUGCCAAUACGCCAUCCGAAAGAUGAAGUCUGAAGACUAUUGUGAACUGUUCUAUUUCACAAACGCUGGCCUAGAAGAAACGUCCCGGGCCACCUUCACAGCAGAUGAGGAUGCCCUCGUUAUGCUACCCACCUCAGACGGACUUCACAAAUGGAUCCCCGCCGGUGCAGCACGAGACCCCAAAGUGCACAUGUUAAAAGAUGAAAACCUCACAUGGGAGCAGUUCAAUGAGGCAGCCCCUUGCAUGAUUUCGGUAAUGAGAGAGAAUGAUUGGCUGGACGACAGAAUCGACAUGCAUGUAGCCUUCUGGUUGGCUCUGCAGAACCAUCGCUGGUGGCAUGACUUCAAUGCCCAUAAGCAACGAGCACUGCUGCUCUACCAAGCUCAACAGCAAAGGCGAUGGCACCUGUCCAUUGGCAGCUCGAACAGCUGGAGCUUAGCAAAAAUCAACCAAGACCUCUUAAACAAAGCUUGA